CCAACGGGUUUGCUGUGGGCCCACUGAGGACCGCCCUUCCGCCGCCUACCUGCCCGAGCCGCCCGGCGCCUUCUUCCCCGCCGCCCGCCUGCAAGGGAGCACCAGCCCCCCAGGGACCAGGAGCAUGUCAAGGCGGAAAGCAGGCGUUCAACAGCUUGGUGGGUGCACGAAGAAAAAACGUAAUACCUUCAAUACUGAAUGGUUGACAGAGUUUUCUGUUGAAACGCCAAUGCCACACAUGAAUGAAUGUACGAGAGUGCAACUAAAAGAGAUUUUUGAAUAUCGUGACACAGAUGACGCAAUAGUCUGUAAAAUAUGUCUCAAAGCAGAAGUUGAUGGGAAUUGGAGCACCAGAAAUAAAUGGGGUGAGUGGAAAAUAGAUUACUUUAAGCGUCACGUGAAUCAGAAAUGCCACUUGGAUGCAGUAAGAAAGCUUCGAAAUCAGGGCUGUGGAUCUUUACUGAAUUUCUUCCGAGAAACCCCUGAAGAUCAGAACAGCAGAACUGAAUAUGUGAACCAAGACGGGUCAAACCCAGAAGAGUGCAAGACAUUAAUUGAGAACGUGCUACUUGCAGUUCAGAUGAAUGAAUCUAUGCUGUCUGUGCAGGAAAUUCAUGACCACGUGGCAAAAUAUGCUAAAAUUCCUGCUAACUAUAGAAGCAUAAAGCAUGCCUUCGAAUUCGUUGAAUGCAUAAGUGCUGUUGUCAAAAGUGAAGUUUUAAGCGAAAUCCGGGAAUCUCCUUUCCAUACCCUCAUAAUUGAUGAGAGCACCGACAUCACUGUGUCAAAGAUGCUUAUCAUGUACAUCAAAUUCAGAAGAACUGGCGGUGAUCUACAUAAAACUGUUUUUGCUGGCAUUGUAAAAUUGGCUGCUUGCAAUAGUGCUGCAAUAGUUGAUUCUAUAAGGGAGUUUUAUAACAAGAAUCACUUGGACAUGAAUCGCAUGGUCAUGUUUACGUCAGAUGGUGCUUCUGUCAUGCUUGGAAAGCAGAAUGGUGUUGCUGCAAUUCUGCCUGCAGUCUGUGAACCUUCCCUACAUGACAUGAGCAGUGGAAAAAACAAGAAAACGAACUCUGAUCUGCAGAGGAGAGAUCUCACCCAGCUGUCAGUACCUAGACGUCUGUUUCAAGUCCGGGUGUGA